AACCCUAACUCCGUCGCUCGAACCUUCCGCCUUCUGCUAAAAGCCGUAGCUGCCUUCGGUUUCCUUCUCCCUUCGCCUCUCCUCCGCCUCUCACUUCGCCUCCUCCUUCCGCUCAGAUGGCGGCGAUGAUGCAACCCCAGAUCAUACUGCUGAAAGAAGGGACGGACACCUCGCAAGGGAAGGCGCAGGUGGUGAGCAACAUCAAUGCUUGCACAGCCGUGGCUGACGCGGUUCGCACGACGCUGGGCCCCCGAGGAAUGGACAAGCUCAUCCACGACGAUAAGGGCAACACCACCAUCUCCAAUGACGGCGCCACCAUCAUGAAGCUGCUCGACAUCAUUCAUCCCGCUGCCAAGAUUCUCGUUGACAUUGCUAAGUCACAGGACUCCGAGGUUGGUGAUGGAACCACCACUGUUGUGCUUCUUGCUGGUGAGUUCUUAAAGGAGGCAAAACCUUUCAUUGAAGAUGGAGUUCACCCUCAGAAUCUUAUUCGAAGUUACCGAACUGCAUCCUCGUUGGCCAUUAACAAAAUUAAAGAACUUGCUGUAAGCAUAGAGGGGAAAAGCCUUGAAGAAAAGAAAUCUUUAUUGGCAAAAUGUGCAGCUACAACACUUUCUUCGAAACUAAUAGGUGGUGAGAAGGAGUUCUUUGCUUCCAUAGUUGUGGAUGCUGUCCUUGCUAUUGGCAACGACGACAGGCUUAAUAUGAUCGGGAUAAAAAAGGUCCCUGGGGGUAACAUGAGAGAUUCAUUUCUUGUUAAUGGUGUUGCUUUUAAAAAGACAUUUUCUUAUGCUGGUUUCGAGCAACAGCCCAAGAAAUUUGUAAAUCCGAAGAUACUUUUAUUGAACAUUGAGUUGGAACUGAAGUCAGAGAAAGAAAAUGCGGAAAUCAGGCUAUCGGAUCCAUUACAGUACCAAUCAAUUGUUGAUGCUGAAUGGAAUAUCAUCUAUGACAAGCUAGAUAAGUGUGUUAAGAGUGGUGCAAAAAUUGUCCUCUCUCGAUUGGCAAUUGGUGACCUUGCAACUCAGUAUUUUGCUGAUCGAGAUAUUUUCUGUGCCGGUCGUGUCACAGAGGAAGAUUUACAACGAGUUGCUGCUGCAACAGGUGGAACUGUUCAGACAUCUGUCAACAACAUCAUCGAUGAGAUUCUCGGAUCCUGUGAAGUGUUCGAGGAAAGACAAGUAGGCAAUGAACGGUUUAACAUUUUUAAUGGCUGCCCUUCUGGUCAGACAGCAACCAUUGUUCUCCGAGGUGGUGCAGAUCAGUUUAUUGAUGAGGCAGAAAGGAGCCUUCAUGAUGCUAUAAUGAUUGUUAGGAGAGCUUUAAAGAACUCUACCAUUGUGCCUGGUGGUGGCGCUAUUGAUAUGGAGUUAAGCCGAUAUUUGAGACAGCAUGCACGUACAAUAGCGGGGAAGUCACAGCUAUUUAUCAAUUCGUAUGCCAAAGCUCUUGAGGUCAUUCCACGGCAACUUUGUGACAACGCUGGAUUUGAUUCAACUGAUGUACUGAACAAACUAAGACAGAAGCAUGCGUCUGGGGAAGGUUCAAACUAUGGUGUGGAUAUAAAUACUGGUGGAAUUGCUGAUUCUUUUGCUAACUUCGUAUGGGAACCUGCAGUUGUGAAAAUCAAUGCUAUAAAUGCUGCAACAGAAGCUUCUUGUCUUAUCUUAAGUGUGGAUGAGACUGUGAAGAAUCCUAAGUCGGAAAGUGCGCAAGGUGAAGCUGCUGCAAGUGCUAUGAUGGGUCGUGGUCAGGGUGGACCAGCCUUCCGUGGCCGUGGUGGAAGAGGCAUGCGGCGGCGUUGAUUCCCGUUAUCAGUUUUUGUCUCCACUUCUACGCUUAAGCUUGAUUGAGAGUCGGUGUAUCAGGAGAGCUGCUUCUUUUCGCUUCACCACCCCUUUUAACUUAUGGACAUGAGAAGUUUGGAUUGCAGAACCUGCUUGAACUAAAUGUUGUCUCAGUUUUGUCGCUGGCAUGGUUUGUAUUAUUUGAUAUUUGGUAGUGGUUUAAGAAUGUGAUGUAUUCUCUGUAGGUAGAAAUGCUUGAUUGGAAACUUCUAGCCCAUUGGAAACACUUAACAAAAAAUUGAUUCUA